CCAAUUUUAAAAAACAGAAAAGAAAAAGAGAGAGUGAGGAGGGAAAAAAGGAAAGAAGAUAGGGGCCUCCAAGACGUCUUUCCAAUGCUUGCUUGAAAGAAAUCUCCAAGUUCUCACAUGGGGCAACCAGGCUCCCAAUAGCCAUCCCCACUUGCACUGCCCAAGUGGCAGCCUAAAUCAAUCGGUUACCAACUGGCACUCGCCCCCACAAAAAGAGAUAUAACAACAAAAAUCAAGGCUCGUUGUUAGCCCACCCCCAUUUUCCAAAUCUGACCACGCAAGUCAUCGCAAAGCUGGGGUCUCCUCCACAGAAAGUUCUUGGUCAAGCUUUCUACAUAAAAUUACUAUUGGUGUUGAUCAACGGGGCAUGGAGAAGUGGUCAUGUUGGACCUUUCUUCUUCGCGUAUGAUCUAUACGCAUGAGCAUCGGGAACCAUCGGGGAAAUGCGAUGGAUAGUGUUCUUAUUGAAUGUGAAUACCUAGGAAACUAGCAUGUCCACAUGUACAAUGCCUCAUAAUUUUGGCAAACAGGUCGACACACUCUUCCGUUGGUAGUUGAGCAGCAAUUGAUACUCGAAACUACUCGCCAUUAAUUCAAGGCUUUAUCAUUUCCAGCUUUCUUCCAUUUAAUACUACGCAGCCUCUCAACGAAACAUACGCAUUACGACUUAGGAGCCAAGGGGGGAACCUCAGAGAAAGGGCGGGGCGUCCCUCUCAACGAAAACCUAAUCACGUCAGCGAGACGGGGUUGCCUUGGCCUCCUCGUUCGUGUUAUAAAGCGUUGCUGCUGCUGCUGCUGCACGAGCCCAAAUAAGAGGAGAGAUCGUUUAACAUACUCUCGCAGCUGAAGCUCUGAUGGAGGGACGUCCUAGAGGGAGGGAUAUGGAUAGCAUUGAGAUUCUGGACAAGGAGAGACUCACGGCGGAGAUGGCUUUCGACAAGGACUCGUCCUCCGCCGUCAUCAAAAUCCGACGGCGCUUGCCGGACUUCCUCCAGUCCGUGAAGCUUAAGUACGUCAAGCUAGGAUACGGCUACUCCUGCAACCUCGCCACCGUACUUAAGUUCGUCGCCGUCGUCCCUCUCGUCCUUGCCAUCCUCAUUCAUCUCACCGGCCUUGACCAGGCCCGCCUCUCCGAGAUGUGGAGGAGCCCAGCUGUCGCGCUGGAUGGCAUCAACGCAUCCACGGCGAAAGCCGGCUCCGCGCUGCUCUUGCUGCUCCUCUUUCUGUACGUGUCGAAGCGAAGCAGGCCAGUGUAUCUGGUGGACUUCGCAUGUUACCUACCGGACGACAAGCGGAAAAUGUCCGUGGAGUCGUUCCUGAAGAUGAGCGAGGAAAGCGGUGCGUUCGAGGAGGACACGCUCCAGUUCCAGAGGCGGAUCUCGAGCCGGUCCGGCCUAGGGGACGAAACUUACUUCCCUAGAGGGAUCACGUCUGCACCCCCGAACCUAUGCAUGGAGGAGGCGCGGUUGGAGGCGGAGGCCGUCAUGUUCGGGGCAGUGGACGCCCUUUUGGAAAAGACUGGGGUGAGGGCGGAGGACGUGGGGAUACUGGUGGUGAACUGCAGCUUGUUCAACCCAACGCCGUCACUAUCGGCCAUGAUCGUGAACCACUACAAGCUGAGGACGGACAUAAAGAGCUACAACCUCGGGGGAAUGGGAUGCAGCGCCGGGCUGAUAUCCAUAGACCUGGCCCAGAACCUGCUGAGAGCCAACCCAAACACCUACGCGCUGGUGGUGAGCACCGAGAACAUCACCCUCAACUGGUACUUCGGGAACGACAAGUCGAUGCUGCUGUGCAAUUGCAUAUUCCGCAUGGGUGGCGCUGCCGUGCUCCUCUCCAACAGGGCCCGAGACCGGAAGCGCUCCAAGUACCAGCUGGUGCACACAGUGCGGACCCACCGGGGAGCAGACGACCGGAACUACCGGUGCGUGUACCAGAAGGAGGACGAGCGAGGGACGGUGGGGGUGUCGCUUGCCAAGGAGCUGAUGACGGUGGCAGGGGAGGCCCUCAAGAUCAACAUAACGACGCUGGGGCCGCUGGUGCUGCCAUGGACGGAGCAGUUCAAGUUCUUAGUGACGCUGGUGAGGAGGAAGGUGAUGGGGGCCAAGGUGAAGCCCUACAUCCCGGACUUCAAGCUGGCCUUCGAACACUUUUGCAUCCACGCGGGCGGGAGGGCGGUGCUAGACGAGAUGCAGAAGAACAUGCAGCUCAGCGACCGUCACAUGGAGCCGUCCCGGAUGACGCUCCACCGCUUCGGCAACACGUCCAGCAGCUCCCUCUGGUACGAGCUGGCCUACACUGAGGCCAAGGGUCGGGUCCAGAGCGGGGACAGGGUCUGGCAGAUCGCCUUCGGGUCCGGUUUCAAGUGCAAUAGCGCCGUCUGGAGGGCGUUGAGGGGCAUCUCGGCCAGCGAUUGCGGACCCAACAAUCCCUGGCUCAACUGCAUACAUAGGUACCCUGUGCCUGUGCCCACGGCCUCCGCGAUGGAAACGACGAAAAGUGUAGCCAAAUCCCACACGUCCUCUUGAUUCAUUAAAGCGACAACACAAGCCGUGCAUUUGAGACUGAAUUAGGUGGUGGACCAGGACUACUCUCCCUCUCCCUCUCUCUCUCUCUCUCUCUCUGCAUCUAUUAUUACCAAGUGUAUUCAUUCAAAGAAAAGCCUGUUGACUGUAUAAUUGGGUAGUGAUUUUCCAAAGCAGAGGCAAGAAUUGAUUUUAUUACGUCAAUGCAAUGGAAAACAAAUAGAGAUGAA